CAAUGUUAGACUUUAAAAUGAAUGAACAAGAUGUUAAUUCUCAAAAGAAAACUAUUAAAAGGCAAGAAAGUCGACUUACACGUAAUCAUAAACGAAAGCGACAAAAUCGAGCAAAAGAAACAGAAGAAAAUCGUGAGGUACAACUUGUAAAUAAUCGUGAGCGAAAAAAGAAAAAAAGAUUAAUGGAAACAGCUGAGGAAUCUCAAAGUCGUAAAUUACAUAAAAGGGAGUGA